CGGCGGGUGGGAGUGGCCCGGUGGGGGCGUCGAUGACCCUCGGCAGGGAAGGACGACCUUCGUGUGGCGACCCGGGCCGGCGACGGGUUGUAAUUCAGCCCGAUCCUCGGUGGAGCCCUUCCCACUCCCUCUCCCUGGGCUUCACCUGCUCCCCGGGAUUGCUGUGAUUAGGGCCCUGCGGGUGGGGGUCUGGAGACGUGGGUUUCACUCCAGCCUGCGCCACUGGUUGGCUCUCUGACGUUGGCAGGAUACGUCCUUUCUUGGGCUUCAGCUGCCUUAUUUAGCAGGUGGAGGUCGUAUUGCAGUGAUUGUGAGCUUCUUGAUGGCAGAAAUUGACUUUUAUUUGUGGUAGACACUGUCGCCUGUCCCGGCUACAGAACAAGGACAGUGUAGGGCCUAUAUUCAGGAUCUUGGAAGCGCUGCCAAUAUGUCUGAUGUUCAAGAAGCCACUAACCAGCUCCUGGAUGUGAACCUUCAUGAGAACCAGAGGUCUAUACAAGUGACAGAAAGUGGCCCCAGAAGUGAAUCUGAGCAUCUCCAAGUCACUAUUGGAGCCACUGUGCCUACUGGUUUUGAGCAAACAGCUGCAGAUGAAGUGAGAGAGAAAUUGGGGUCAUCAUGCAAAAUCAGCAAAGACCGGGGCAAGAUAUAUUUUGACAUUUCAGUGGAAAGUCUGGCUCAGGUUCAUUGUCUGAGAUCAGUUGAUAACUUAUUUGUGGUUGUUCAGGAAUUUAAGGAUUACCAGUUCAAAGAAACAAAGGAAGAAGUUCUAAAGGAUUUUGAGGAAUUGGCUGGGAAGCUUCCAUGGUCAGACCCUUUAAAAAUAUGGAAAAUUAACACAUGUUUCAAGAAAAAAAAAACAAAGCGCAGAAAGAUAAGUCAGAAUUCAAAUAAAGAGAAGAUUGAUAAUGGACGAGGAGACAAAACGGAUGAGAGAGAUGUUAAAAAAGAGUUCACUAACAAUGUCUUAGAUUCACAGAUCUUAGACUAUUAUGAAAAUCCAGCCAUCAAAGAAGAGAUAUCGACAUUAGUAAGUGAUGAUUUGACAUCUUGCAAAGAUGAGACUGAGGAAAGCUCAAAACGAGAAGCUGACUCCGAAGUGCUAAAGUUUAGAGUCACAUGCAACAGGGCAGGAGAGAAACACUGCUUUUCCUCAAAUGAGGCAGCAAGAGAUUUUGGGGGUGCAGUUCAAGAUUACUUUAAGUGGAAGGCUGACAUGACCAACUUCGAUGUAGAGGUUCUCUUGAAUAUCCAUGAUAAUGAAGUUAUUGUGGGCAUUGCAUUGACAGAAGAGAGUCUUCACCGAAGAAAUAUCACACAUUUUGGACCCACAACUCUUAGAUCUACUCUUGCCUAUGGGAUGCUCAGGCUCUGUGCGCCUCAGCCUACUGAUGUAAUAGUUGAUCCAAUGUGUGGAACAGGGGCAAUACCAAUUGAGGGGGCUACAGAAUGGUCUAACUGUUACCAUAUUGCUGGUGAUAAUAAUCCGUUGGCUGUGAAUAGAGCGGCAAAUAACAUCUUAUCUUUAUUGACCAAGAGCCAAGUUAAAGAAGGCAACCUGCCCUGGGGCUUACCUGUAGAUACUAUUCAGUGGGAUAUCUGCAACUUGCCAUUAAGAACAGGCUCUGUGGACAUUAUCGUAACAGAUAUGCCAUUUGGAAAAAGGAUGGGCUCCAAGAAAAGAAACUGGAACCUUUAUCCAGCUUGCCUACGGGAGAUGAGCCGUGUCUGCAGGCCAGGGACAGGCCGAGCUGUACUACUGACUCAGGACAAGAAAUGCUUUACCAAGGCAUUAUCUGGAAUGGGACACCUAUGGCGGAAGGUACAUACUGUCUGGGUCAACAUAGGGGGUCUUCAUGCUGCAGUUUAUCUUCUGAAACGUACACCUCAAACUUUUGUUCAUCCUUCAGAACAAGAUGGAGAAAGAUCUCCUUGGUAAUGCAAAGACUGAGGAUGAUUAAUAGUGUCUGUGCUUCCUGACACUGGAAAUGUCAGCAUGAAGAACUUGCUUUGAGAGAAAAAUAGUAUUAAUAAAAGUGCAGUUUGGUAUAAAUCUCUUCACCAUGGUUAGCAAAAGUUGUGAAUAGAAUGGAAUAAGUCUUAUGAGAAAGCAGAGCUUUUCUUUGGAGCUGUUUUAAAGGAGUAGUUGGGCAAUUAGUACUUUUGUUAAAAUGUUUUAAAGAUGCUAAGCCUACUAAAAUACUCUGGGAUUUGGGUUUAGAACAUUUUAUUUUCAGGAUUUAUAGCAGUUCCUGUUUUCCACGGUAGCAGGUGGAAAGCUACCCUGGCCUAAUGGAAAGGCAGAGAGCAUAAACAGAGCAUGAGGUUAUAUUUCAUUGCCUCUUCAGCUUUGCUAUUUAGUUGCUCCAGUUCUUUACCUCAGCUUUAAAAAAUGAACCAUUAUUACACUUUGUAAAAUAGUGUUUGCCCCAUGACAAGAUGAAGUCUCACAAGACCUACAGGAAAGCUGACUGCCUUAAAAAUUAUAAUAUGCAUGUUAUUCAGAUUAAUACAUAGAACUAAAUAGACAUUUCUAUUUGUAAACAGCAGCAAAUACACUGGUAGAUGAAGUAUAGGACCAACAAGCCAUAUUUAAAGAAAUUUUAUUUUUCUUCUCAGUACACAAAGGUGAUGAUGCUUUUCAGAGUCAAACAUAAACCUGUCAAAGUUUUUGUUGGCUUCUCUAAAGGACUAGAGAAAAAAACUGAUGUAUCUCGAAUUAAAAACUUCAUGUUAA